AUGGAGAACAUUUUGAGCAAAGACGAUGGUGUCUGUGUCUUUAAAUGCUUACUCAACAGAAACACUGAAUGUUGCCGUGUGGGGAAGGAGUCCAUCUUGAUUACUCUGGGGUACAGCAGUGCUUUGCUGAAGUUUGAGUCUCAUGCUGAAUUCAGUGCAUUUGCAAAUACUUUGAAAAUAUGCCGAAAUCAAAAAAAGGAAUACUCCGUGUUCAGCCAGUGGACAGAAGAAGCGUCUGCUGCACAGUACUUCCAGUUUUAUGGCUGCAUUUCUCAACAGCAGAACAUGAUGCAAGAUUUUGUGAGGACAGCCACUUACCACAGAGCCGUCCUCCAGAAUCACAUUGACUUUAGAGACAAGGUAAUACCGGCAGCAGAUGUUGGUUGUGGAUCGGGAAUCCUGUCAUUUUUUGCCAUACAGGCUGGAGCUAGGAGAAUUUAUGCAGUUGAAGCCAGUUCAGCAGCACAGUAUGCUGAGAUGCUAGUGAAAAACAAUCACCUUUCAGGCAAGAUCAUUGUUUUGCCAGGAAAAAUUGAAGACAUCUCACUUCCUGAGGCUGUAGAUGUGAUCAUUUCCGAACCAAUGGGAUACAUGCUGUUCAAUGAACGGAUGCUAGAGAGUUAUCUUCAUUCCAAAAAAUGGCUAAAAUCAAAUGGAAUGAUGCUCCCGACAUUCAGCGACAUCCACUUGGCCCCUUUUUCUGAUGAACAGCUCUAUGUGGAACACUUCUCCAGAGCCAAUUUUUGUUACCAGCAAUGUUUCUAUGGGGUCAAUCUGUCCAGUCUCCGGGGUGCAGCAGUGGAUGACUACUUCAGGCAGCCAAUAGUAGACACAUUCGAUGUUAGGAUUUUGAUGGCUCAAAUAGUCAAAUACACAGUAAACUUUAUGGAUGCAGAAGAGGAAGAUCUACACAGAUUUGUGCAAAUCAUAGAAAUUCCCUUUGUGUUUCAGAUAGCACAGUCUGGGCUCAUCCAUGGCCUGGCGUUCUGGUUUGAUGUGGCAUUUGUUCGAUCUCUGUGUGUAUACCCCCCACCAACAUUUUCUCAGUCUGCUCUACCCCAUGCUAUCUACUAUUUGUAA